UUCAGAGGGCUCCAUGGGAACAGGGUCUCCGACGCUGAGAUGGCUUCAGGAACUUCGCUUCACCAAAUACUUAUUGAAGCUGGGAGGUAGGAAGAGAUCGGACCCUGGAUGCCAAAUUUUACAUUUACUCAUGAGACCACCCCCCCCUUUUCCUGGCUCUAUGAACUUGGACAGGCCAUCGAAUAGCUCCAGAACCAACUUGUCCUUCUGUAAAAUGGGACGAGUCCUCACACGCCCUGUCGCAGAGUGGAAACGGUGAGGGAUCAGAGAGAGCUCUUAGUUAAAACCGGGGUCACUGUUUGCAGCUCUGAUCGCUGUGGGUGCUGUCAUUUUACUCCCCGCUGUGGAUAUCACUGCCAGGGUCCUCACCCAUCAGGGAGGUCAUUGCAAGGCUGAGCUGCCCUCCCGUCCUGGUGGCUGGGUGGAAAUGGAAGGACAUAAAGGAAGCAGGUCUAAUGGCACUCAUGCAACACCCCCCCCCCUUGUGGAUUCCACCUGGCACGUGCCCUGCAGGAACUGGCUCCCACGGAGGGGCGUGGCGGGGAGGAGUGUGCAGGUAUGUGCUGUAAAAAGCCAGUCGGCUCCGCUCCUGGAAAUCAGCCUGCUCCUCCUGGCACUGCAGCGCGGAGACAGCACAGCCUGCACCUCACUCUCGCAUCUGGGACUGCACUGGAUCUGCGUGCUCAGAACAAGGUGCCCGCCCAGCUGCAGCCAUGAGGAUACACAGCCUCACCCUGCUCUCCUUCCUCCUUCUGGCUGCUCAGCUGUUCGUAGCAGAAGCAGAAAAAAAGGGAAAGAAUGGCCACCACAGGAAAGUGGUUUCAGAGAAAAAGGACACUCUGGGCAAUGCCCAGAAUGAGCAGAGAAGCAGGACGUCCAAGCCCACGACCAAAGGCAAGUUUGUCACCAAAGACCAGGCCAACUGCAGAUGGGCUGUGACUGAGCAGGAGGAGGGCAUCACUCUCAAGGUUGAAUGCACCCAAAUGGACCGUGAGUUCUCCUGUGUCUUUGCUGGGAAUCCAACCUCGUGCCUAAAGUUCCAGGAAAGGAGGGUCUAUUGGAAACAAGUUGCCCGGAAUCUGCGCUUACAGAAGGACAUCUGUGGACAAUCCAAGACUGUCCUGAAGACCAGGGUAUGCAGAAAGAAGUUUCCAGAAUCCAAUCUCAAGCUGGUGAGCUCCACUCUGCUUGGGAACAUGAAGCCCAGGAAGGAGAAAGCAGAGCCCUCCCCCAGGGAGCAUAUCAAGGUCAAAGAGGACACCACCACUAGACCAGUGGGGACCCAGACCAUGGCCAAGAAAGCUCCUGAGUGUGUGGAGGACCCAGAUGUGGCACAGCAGAGGAAGAAUGCCCUGGAGUUCUGUGGGGAGUCCUGGAGCUCCUUCUGCAUGUUCUUCCUCAGCAUGAUACAGGACAUGUCGUGCUGAUGAGGUCAAAAGAGAACAGGUUCCAUUAAGAGAUAUCAUGUCACAAGCCCCUCUGUAUGCCAUAAAGACCUCCACGCCCCCACCACCACCACCAAACACAUGGACUUUUGUACUAACAGAGCGCAGUGGAAUAUUUAAACAGAUUUUGUAAUUUUUGUUUUUGUGUUUUGGAAAUUGCUUUCUAUUCCCUUCCUUGGAUGUGACUUUCAGAGGCUGUUCACCUCAUUGUGUGUUUCCCUGGCCCGCUCAGCUGUGCCGUGUGCGCAGAUGUGCGUAUGAGCAGUGAAGACGUAUCUCUGGGUUGACCAAACCAGAGUGAUGGUUCCAGUGCGGCGCACUUUCUGGCAAAUUGACAAACAUAAUAAAGCUCUGGGUGUUUUUAAAACCAUGCUCAACCGUUGUUUGCUUUCUCUACCUUUGGUUCCUAAUGAACUCAUGGCUCGUUAUAAACAGGCCUCCAUGUAUCAGUGGAUAAAAUAUCUAAGGAACAACUUCUAGCUCUCCACCCAGCCCAGGGCAUCUUCUAAUGCACCCGUCCCAGAAUCCUUCUGUACCCUUUUCUCCACUGAUCUGUGGUGUCUGGUGCUUACUGGAGUGUAGUCAUUAGGGUC